AUUAUUAUGACACAAACACAGUACGGUGCUCGAGUUUUGUUGCGUAUGUGAUUAAGUCGUGGUCACUGCGUAACAAUAAUUUUUCCGUCUCAAAUGAAUUUAUGUAUUCCGCCUUCUUGUGUGGUUUUUCAUUUUUGUAUUAUUUAUAUUGAUUAGUUCGUGCGGUAUCGCCGUCCUAAAUCCGCGUAUUAAGUUCGUGCGGUUUCGCCGUCUUACAUACAACAUAUUCUUCUUCAAAAUAUCCUCAUCACGUCGGUCAUCGUCCAUCGUCAAAAAUUAAACUCACCAGGUCCCUCGUCAUACCAUAAUUCAUUGUCACGGUGUCUGGUAAGUGAUAUUCUGUAGACUGUGCUUUGGAACAAGCCCAAGCGAUGACUCUCCCAAUGCAUCAAGAUGACGCCGCCGCCGCUUUUUUACGGAGGACUAUGGUGCUGCUACUUUUGCUGUUGAUAUUCUCCUUGUCGUCGUUUCCAUCGAUCACCGCCGAGUGCCCGGACGGAUGCACGUGUGAAAAAUAUAAUGUUAAAUGCUAUAAGCAAAACCUGGACAAGAUACCCGACCGCAUACCUCCGGAUACCAAAGAGCUAUAUUUGAUCAAAAAUAAUAUAAGUGAAGUGAAAAAUGGUGCAUUUGCAAACCUUUCGCAGCUUCAGGCAUUAUUCUUGCAUAGAAAUAAAAUCGAAAACAUCGAGACUGGAGCUUUUAAUAACUUAACGAGUUUGCAAGAAUUAAACUUGGAUGACAACAACAUUCAUAAGCUCGAUUUCGAAAUGUUUAAGGGACUUACAAAACUGAAUACACUAUAUUUGAGCAUCAAUAAUAUAAGUGAAGUGAAAAAUGGUGCAUUUGCAAAUCUUUCGAAGCUUCGGAUAUUAUUCUUGGGUGAAAAUAAAAUCGAAAACAUCGAGACUGGGGCUUUUAAUAACUUAACGAGUUUGAAAAUAUUAUCUUUGGAUGACAACAAUAUUCAUAAACUUGGUUCGAAAAUGUUUAAGGGACUUACUAAACUGAAUAGACUAUAUUUGAGCAAAAAUAAUAUAAGUGAAGUGAAAAAUGGUGCAUUUGCAAACCUUUCGAAACUUCGGGCAUUAUUCUUGCAUAGAAAUAAAAUCGAAAACAUCGAGACUGGGGCUUUUAAUAACUUGGCGAACUUGAGAGUAUUACAAUUGGAUUACAACAACAUUCAUAAGCUCGAUUUGGAAAUGUUUAAGGGACUUACAAAACUGAAUAGUCUGUAUUUAGACCACAAUAUGAUAAUAAAUAUUCCACCUGGAACAUUCGAUUCAUUAACGUCGUUGAGUCUUUUACAGCUUGACAAUAACCCGUUGACGUGCGAUUGCAAUAUUCUGUUGUUUGUAAACGUGCUGAAGAAAAAUUACCCCCAGCGUGAUGUACUCGGGGAUAACGACCCGUCAUGUCAUUUUCCCGUAGAAAUGAGCGAAAAAAAACCAUUGAAAGAAAUAACCGAAAACGAUUUUAAUUGCAGGUCUCCGGAAAUAAUCGUGGCACCACAGAACAAGACGGUUUCAGUCGGUGAACAGUUACAACUCUCGUGCAAAGCCGUAGGAGACCCGGAACCUUUUAUAACGUGGGCCAGAGACGACAUCGAACUAGAACUUGGCCAAAGAGUUCAGGUAUUUCAAAACAAUACAUUGAUUAUAUCUAAAGUGGAAAGAACGGACAGUGGUAAAUAUAAGUGCGUGGCGUCCAAUUCUCUUGGACGAAAAUCUUUCGAGGCGAUGGUUAACGUUAACGGUUUGGCGGAAAAUAGUUGAAAUACUAUGUUUGGAGUAAUACCAUGUUUUUAUUAUUAUUAUUAUUAUUAUUAUUGUAUUAGUGAAUUGACAAUUGUAUAAUGACAUAUUGUAAAAAAUGUAUUAUUAUUAUUUUUGUGACUUGUGUAUUGUAUAUUUCACUAUUAAUAUGCAUAUUGUAAAAUAUAAUAUAAAGUAACCACUGCAGAACUGGCAGAAAUUACAAUAUAAUUUAUAGUUUAUUAUUUUACUGUACAAUCGACUGUUAUUAUUUUAUACGAUCAUUUUAUAGACACCGUAUCAUUCAUUCCAAACCUGGCAACACUGCGAUUAUUGCUUCAUUAAAUUACCUUAAACUUAUUAUACUUUAUUAAAUGUAAUUUCUUAAAUUGUAAUUAUUACUACUUUUAGUGUAUUAGUGUGUUAUUAGUCACUUAUUACUGUGUUCGCACCUCGUCUACGAUAAUAUAUCGGUAUUAUUUAAUUAUUA